AUGAGUGCUUUGUGGGCUGUUCCUGCACUUGGGCCCACAGCGCAUCCGGCUCAUCCAGGGCCAGUGCACGUCGUUCAUGGUGUUACUACAGGUGUGGUAACACGCCAGGCCGUGACACAGCCUGUGCCACAAGGGCCUCCUGUGCCCGUGCCGACGCCACACAUUCCUGUCUAUGCACCGAUGACAGGCGGUCCGUGUCACAGUGACAUGUAUGGACCAGCCGAGGCGCUGUAUCCACUGCCGGCAGACCGUAUCUAUGCAGAGCCCUUUGGAGGGGAAGGAUACGGGCAAGUGCCGCAAGUGCGGCUUGCUCCCCACGCGUGGCCAGACUCCCAGGAAGACGAGUAUUUCGAGGAUCCGAAUGAUCCCCAGCAAGAACACUUCCAGCUGGGCGAUGAGGCUGCCAAUGUGAACGGGUCUUGGAGGACUCCAUGGGAGGACACCGAGGACAACACCGAAAUGCAAUUCCUGGCCUUGCUGGAGUCAUUGGAAGCUCGUGUGGACCUAAUGUCGCAGAUGCAGCAGACCAGGGCUGCCAUCCAGCAGCAAGCUCAAACUGCCCAAAGCAGAUUGCAGCACGACUCUGACCCAGAGCCGGAGCCCGACGUGUGGGAGAAGAUCAAGGACCAGGAUGGUCACAUCUGCCGAUUGAGUGAGGAAGUCACCGGUCUCCGCGAAAGGCUGCAGAGCUCGCUUGCGAUGACCGCUGCGCAGCAGCAUGCUGAGCGUGUGGCCUCCGUUCUGCAGGCCUCCUCUCCUGAGCAGAGCUUUCCACUCAAGGAGCCCAGCGUACUCCUACCAUUCUGUCCAAAGGCCAGUGGGAUCAACUUGGAAAUUUCAGAGGAUGGCUACACAGCCACACGGUUCCGUGGUUGCAGGCAGUCUGUGGCUGUGGGUACCGGCCCGGUGCCUCUCCAAGAGCACGGUCGCUACUUUGAGGUGACGGUGGAAGACACUGUUCCUGGCUGGGUUGGAGGUUUGGGCAUUGGAGUUACGUCCUCGACUCCGCAAGGCCUGAAGCGAGUUCCCGAUAAGGCCUGGCGCAUUCCAAAGACCAUGGUCAUCGGCUACUGGGGCUGCGUUUUCGUUGAUGGUUGCGAGCAAAGGACUGCGUGGCGUGCUGACAGCCUUCACCCCGGAGCACGCGUUGCCUUCUUGGUAACGCGUGGUGGAGAUCUUCUGGUCUUCGUGGAUGGUGAGGCAGUGGUGAGAGUCGACGGUGCCGUAGAAUCCCAAAAGGAGCCCCUCUACCCAGUCGUGGACGUCUUCGCAGCGACUCGUGUGGUCUCAAUGUCACCAAGUGCUCGCCCUCCUACCAAGUCCUGGACCUCCCUCCAUGCGCCCAUUUCUGCAGCUGCAGUGAGAAAAGCUGCCAAUGAAGCGGAACCAAACGGAAUCGUCGCGCUGUGUUUCACACAAAUCUCGGUCCCUAGCAGCUCUGGAACCCUUGAAGCCUGCCUCGGAAUUCUGCGCGAGCCUUCGCGACCUGCUUGGGCCAUGCGUCGAUGUCUCCAGAUCUUUCUUGUGCUGCUGAUCUCGCGGCACUUCGCGAGGCUUCCGAGAGUCUUCAUCCAAAGUGAGGAGUUCCUGCUACAACGGCCACGACGCCAAGCUUUGGCUGGAGCUCUGCUGGCAUCGAUGGCGCCAACACCCCGUGCAGUAGCCGAGGACCGGGUUCAGACUGCAGCCUCACCGGUGUCUGUUGGAUUGAUCGGUGACGAGCUUGUUUAUCCUCGAUGGUUUGCUGGGACUUGGGCAACAGUUGGCGAGUUGUACAAGGUCGAGACGGGACCAUUGGGCGAAAACGCCCUGUCUGCGGCCUUGCCAGGAACUCCGGCCGCCAUGCGAAAGAACAACGGUGCAGUUGGUAUGGAAGCCGGCGUGCUCCGAGCACGCAGGCGCUGGAUGCCGACAGAACGCCCCUCCCCGGAAGGUGGGGCCGGCGCAGAGGAGGACAGAGGGGGUGUUCCUGCUGGUGCUGCGGCAGCUGCCUAUGCAGUGGGUGGUCCAGCACCAAGGCUUAAGAAAACGGACACGGAGGGGCUUUGGGAGGUAGCCGGGCGAUGGAAGCUGCAAGCAGCCGGUGCAGUCGCACGGGCUGAUCCAGAGAUCCCUGGAGGGUUGCGUGUCUCCGAACUCUUUGAGCUCCGGCCGCUGGAUGUGGAUAAGCUGUCUGCUGCAGUCCGCAUCGUUACCAUCUGGAAAGAGGCAAAGACAGAGGGCUCUGAGCAGUUGCAGCUGGACCUGCGGGACAUCGGAGAGUUUGACAAGUCACGAGGAAGACUUCUUCAGGCGGUGCAGGUGGCAUAUUUAUUGCCUGAGCCGUCCUCCCCAAGCGAGAAGAACUUUGGAAGUGUGACCACCCGCUUCGUUUACAGCCCUAUUCGCGAUGCCUCCGAGGCAGGUGUCAGAAGCAACACCGGCUCUCCAUGCGGCAUCAGCAUUGGUGGUGGAAGGGCCAUGGCGGUGGCAGCAGCGGUGGCUAUGGACCAAAUCUCCAUUGCUGUGAGCCAGGCCCUGUCGCCGAUACUUCCAAGAGAAACGGAGUGGGAUCAGGCAAAAUUGGAGAAGAGGGUGAAGCAGUACUUUAGAAAUGCGGCGAAGGGUCUCGAGUUCUACUCAAAGACAUGGGACGCACUGAUCGAGGAAUACUCGGACACAGUCUUUGCCUCGCUCUUUCAGGCGCUCAAGGAUCGGCCCUGGCUAGUCGAAGUGGACUUUCUCAUGGUCAUUGAUGCGGCAGUGAAAGAGCUUUUUCCGAAGAACUUGCUGAAGCACGUGCCACAGGUGACCUUCGAGAGCCAGGUUCUCCAUGCGCACGACCGCGCUUUCGAGGAGCAGCGAUUUGCUCCCAUGCUCUGGGACAUCCUUUUUGAAAAGAUUCAAGACAAGCCAUUGAAGAACAAGAUCUACAAUGCGUUUGAGGCAGGCAGGAAAGAGGCUGCAUUGUCCGGCGGAGACGGGUCAAGUCCGGCCGGAGACUUUAUUCAAGCCUGGGUCCCUGCCUCCCUCCGAGAGCUGCAGCAAGGCCCUGCCCCGCUCGGUGAGCAGCUGUCGCCAGAGCUUUGUAAAGAGAUUUUCCACGAGCUGCUGGAGGCCGGCGCGUUGCCGCUCCACCUGACGAAGGAGUCAGGAGUUCCGCCAGAGAGUGCAAUGCUGAUAGACUCCGUCGUGGAGGACGUGUACUCGGGACGCCUGGAGCUUCCGCCACCUUCAAUUGGGAGAGGCAAAAGCAAAGCGGCUCAGCCCGAUUGGCCCAAGCAAGCAGCCGAUUUGUCCUUCGCGACCUCCAGACAAAACUGGCAGCCGCAAGGCCAAAAGAGACCUCUCGAUCACGGCUUCAGCGGAAGCUACGGCGUUGGAAAGCAAGGCCAGGGGCCGCAAAAGUGGUCACGAGCGACCCAACCCGUGAGACGUACAGGGCACCCGCAAUGCACACAGAGGGAGGACUGCAUUGGUCAUGUCAAAAGUGUGUUGUUUCAGCACAUUGCAGACAACCUUCCGGGUGAUCUGUACUGCUCCCAUUGCUGGGCCGUCUUUGCAGACGCUGACAACUCUCUGAACGCGAUACCUUAUGAAGGUUACUGA